AGUCUGGGUGGCGCAAUACCUGGCGUUUUCUGGACCAAACGGCCGUCGGAUUCCCGCUCGUGGAAGCGUCGGUCACAUGCAAAGAUCCACUCAAGACUACCCCGGAAUCGGAGAGUCACGCGGCUUGGCCGUCAUAUGAAGGACGGCCGUUAGCUUGGAUGACUCUCUUUUUAUAUGGUUGCGCCAUCCCCAGACUGCGACACCAAGCCUCAACACCUCCAGACUCGACGGUCGCCAGCCAUGGCAUUCCCCAUAUCAGUGCCGUCGACACAAAGCAUAGAAGAACUUUCAAAGCGACUCGACUCCGGUCUCGGCCUUUCUGAGUCACCACUACCUCAACAGAUGAUGCAUCGACAAGAGCAAACCCGACCGAGAAAUGUAUCGACGUGUACCGACGAUUCCAUUCAGUCGACCAGCUCUACAUCGUCAACACGAAGUCGCUUUCAUGAAGGCAUGUUAAUGCCCGACGCGACACCUGAUCCCUCCGCCAAAGCAAGACACGCCUACUACCGACGGCGCGUCCGACAGCAGGUCUUCAACGAAGUGCACCUCGAUUGGAAAUCAGCGCCUGUCCUCUGCGACGAAGGAUAUGACUACGCGUCGCUCCUCUACCGACCAGGACUGCGGUGUACCGCUUCACCGCAAUAUCUCCUCGAAGUGCAGGACACGAUAAAACGUCAGGCCGUAGCCGACGCUGUGGUACGAGAUUCGAAGCCCGAGAGCACUACGACUGUGGUUUGCAUCGACGGAGAGGAAAUGAUCGACAUGAUCGGGUGACAAUGCAGCCAUGUGCAACCCCGACGAGAGUGGAGAGGUCUUGCGCACGCUGCACUCCACAACUUUCCCCGAUGCGCCUCACCUCACCGGUACUCCUGACCGCCUGUACAUCCUGGCUCGACACUUUGGGAUAAUGCAGUUCAGGUUGACCGGUCUGCGUCAGCACGCUGAUGCGACGUGGCUUGAGGGUGUUGAACAUGAUGAUAUGAUUGAUAGAUGAUAGAGAUCUAUGAUCCCUACGACUGACAAUUGGUCAGCUAGAGGAGGACGACAUCUGCCUUUGCGCGUUGGAGCGAUAUUGGCAUUGCAUUUUGUAGCGUUCCGAGCGACUUUUGAUACCUCGCCGUCAUGAGCUUGAGGUUUUUGUAUGUGAUAAACAGAUCUGAACAACGACAUAAUUGUACACUCACAAUCUGCCUCGUCUCA